AUGCCCCAAUCUGACUCUGAGGAGGAUUUCACCAGCCGCAUUGGUGCCAUUGAUGGCGGCAAUGAUUCUCAAGCUGACAAAGGGACUCAUGGAGAUAGCUCUGACUCUGGAAGUGACCUCGAGCAGAUGCGGAGGGCCCUCCAUGUCCCAGGUCCCACUGCAGAUGUGCAAGAGUUGAGAAAGGCACUUUCCUUUGUACAAGAGGCUUAUUUUGAGACGCAGAACGAGCUUCGAAGUGUAUGCAGGGAUUAUGUAGCCCUUCAAGCUACAGUCCCUGCUCGAAGUCGCAAUUGUACCACAAAGGCACCCUCCGAACUCGAUAAAUCCAUUGCCAAAGCUGCCAAGAAGUAUAUGAUGUUCUACAAUUUCUGGAUCGACAAUUCAAUUUUCCCAACAAUUCGAAAACCAAACAUCGAUCCCCACAGCCCCAUGCGUUGGUCAUCCCCUCAAGCGAUGGCUGAUGGGACAGUUGAAGAAUUGUAUGAGGCAGUUCCAAAAGAACUCCAUAAGCAGAUGGAGACAUACCAAGCGUUCAAGACUGUAUUUCAUCACCAUGUCAAUACAGAACGUUCUAACCUGCUCAAAGCAGUUAAAGAUAGCGCUUCCAUUGUCUUCUCAUCUUUGAAACUUCCUGUCGAUAUCUUUUCAGAGUCUCUCCAAGAUUCGAAGGCUACCAGCAAGGAUCUUCUCAUUUUGUUGAAACUCCCAGAAAAUGUUGAACUCGACGGCAAGUAUGAACAUCUCGCACCAGUUCUGUUCACUGAUCCACACAACAUGACCUCAGACACGCUUUUCAAGAGUGUGGUACUUGUCAAAAUGGCGCAUCUUCUGUUGAAGGGGAAGAGUUCACUGCUUGGCACAAAGAAAAGGGGAGGGCCAAAGCCUAGAGGGGAAAUUAUGAAGGUCAAUAGCAUCACCGAGGGAAUGAUUGCUAGUUUCACCGUCAUGGCAUGCUACUUGCUCACUCAUGACACAGAACUCAAUGCAGAAGGAAACCACACAAAGAUUCGAUAUCGCGAUGAUUUCAAUUUUUAUGUCCGGCUACUCUUCAAACGUAAUAAAUGGUCACGGGAAGUCAUGCAGUUCUUUAAUGACGAUUUAUUUGGGCCACAGCCUCCCCGUCAACCACCACAGUUUGAGCCUACUCACUUAGCUCCUCAGCCAUGUAACUGGGAAGAUGACCUUCUUGAGGAGAUGGAUCAGGAUUCUGACACCCCUUUCUCGAUCCCCAAUUCCACUGGAGCCAAGUCCCCACUACAGUUGCAGGCUGGUUCCCAUCCUCCUGACAUGGCAGCCACUGUUUGCCCACCUCCCAGUGCCAGUACUUCUGUACUGGAGGAUACGACUGUCAACCAUCAAGCAUCAGCUUCAAUUUCCCACGAAGGUGCAGGUAAUGCGAGGCUGUCUGCUACGACUCAAGUCCACCUUGGUGUCGGAAGACUUUCCCUUACUGACCCAGGUGAUGCUGAAUCUGGACGCUCCGUUUCUUCUGCUCGCUGCACUUCUGCAGCAUCAAAGCAGAGGAUCACACCUGUUGCAGCUGAUGCACCUCUCAUUACCCAGCCACUGCAGGAGAAAUGCCGUACGAGAGUGCACUCAUUGUGCUGUUUCCAACCCAACUUCAUCGAUGCCCCCUUCGCCUAUGACACCCUCAACCUCGAGGCCUAUCUCCAGUACCCACAGUCCCCCUAUGGUGUCUCCUCCAUGUCUUUGCCCGGCCCCUCUUCAUCUUCCCCCUGUCUCGGCUUUGACUCGCUGAACCUGUCCAACACCAUUGGCGAGUACUCUUACACGUCCUCAUACAUCACUACCUCCCCUGGUCGUCCUUACAUGCCCCUGGAGAAUGGCAUUUCUCCCCUGCUGUCUACAACCUCUCCGCAGGUGAGCUGUCUUCAGAUGGCCUUACCUCUGGAAGGCGCAGCCAUGACAGUGGUACCCGCUUGCCUGUGUCAGCCCUUGGAGUGGUCGUUGCAGCCUCUCAGCCAAGUGUCGCUCAGUGCUAUCAUGUUUGGUCUUCUUGCAUCGAUUCCAUUGGUUACGGGUACCAUCACUGCUGCUAUCUUCAUGUGGUCCUUCUAUUGUCAGUACGCAGCAUCCCUUAUGCUCCCGACGAUGAUGGCCAUUCCAAGUCCCGGUGUAUCAACACCACCUCUAUCCUCAUCUGGCGACAAUGAGGAUAGCAGCAUCCCAGCCCUGAGUUUUCAUAAUGACGAUGUUCCCCUUGACCCACCUCAUGCAUUAGAUCAUAUUAUAGUGCUGAUUUUGUGUAUAUUAGCAUGUAAUAUGAUUUCUGUAAUUGCUAUAUGGUAUAGAAACCAGGCAAUAUUAGCUUGA